AUGAAAUGGGUUAGCAACCCUAAGUUUUGCAAGUACCACCGAAUUGUCAGUCAUCCAGUAGAGAAGUGCUUUGUGUUGAAGGAGCUAAUUAUGAACGUGGCUAGGCAAGGAAAGAUUGAGUUGGACGUUGACGAAAUCGCAGAUGCGAAUGUUGCCACAAUUGUGUUUGGAUUCUUUAAUUCAGUGCCGUUGCCCGCAUUGUUGUCAAGAUUGGAGUUUCAAUCAACAAGGGGCAUACUCCAGGUGAUUGAUCUGCGUGCAAAAGAAGUGGUGGGCAAACCAAACAAUCGAGGUGGUGAUGGUUUUGUUGGUGACUCACCUUUCGAUGAUGAUAAAGAAUGGAUGCUCGUUACCCGGAGGAAGUCUCGUGCGAAGUGUACUCCUCCACAACAAAAUGCUCAAUCAAAGAAGGAGCAGUGA